AUGACUAACAAUAUCGUGGUUCUGGGGGCCGGCGUCUCGGGUCUAACAACGGCAUACCUCUUGUCACAGGACCCGGCAAACAAGGUUACCGUUCUUGCAAAGCAUAUGCCCGGCGACUAUGAUAUUGAAUAUGCGUCUCCGUGGGCUGGAGCAAACUAUAUGCCGGUUGGCAAAAAAGGAAGUCGUCAUCAGGCUUGGGAAACAGCUACUUGGGCUCCGCUGAAAGAACUCUGUGAAAAGUACCCCGAUGCAGGUAUUCAUUUCCAAGACACACUCAUUUAUAACCGGAAAAAGGAUCAAGGCACUGCCGCUGGCAAUUGGUUCGCUGAAUUAGUACAACCUAACCCAUGGUACAUGAAUGUUGUCCGUGAUUUCGAAACUCUUCCCCAGAGCGCGUUGCGAUCUGACAUGGAUAACGGUCAAAAGUUCACAUCUGUUUGCAUCAAUACAGCCAUCUAUCUCCCCUGGCUUAUUGGCCAAUGUGUGAAGAACGACGCAGUAUUCAAAAGAGAGACGUUCAAACAUAUCUCCGAUGCAGCCAAUGCUCAUCACACGGGUCAGAAGGCUGAUGUAGUCAUCAACUGUACCGGUCUAUCAUCUAAGACACUGGGUGGCGUUCUUGAUGAGAAGUUGUUCCCAGUGAGAGGUCAGAUUGUCGUGGUCAGAAAUGAUCCUGGUGAAAUGGUGUCGGUCUCUGGAACAGACGAUGGUGAAGACGAGGUGACAUACAUCAUGACUCGUGCUGCAGGUGGCGGUACAAUCAUCGGCGGUUGUUGUCAAGAGAACAACUCGGAUCCAUUGCCAGACCCUAACCUAGCUACUCGAAUCAUGAAGCGCGCGAUUGAUAUUUGCCCGAAGCUAGUUAAGCCCGGCCAAGGUAUCGAGGGCCUUGAUAUUAUUCGCCAUGGCGUGGGCUUGCGGCCUUAUCGUCAGGGUGGUCCUCGAAUUGAGAAGGAUCUGGUGGACGGGGUAAAAAUUGUUCAUAACUAUGGACAUGGCGGAUUCGGUUAUCAAGCUUCGUUCGGCUGCUCCGAGGAAACAGUGCGUCUAGUCAAAGAGGUGUUGCAGAGCAAGCCUCGCUCGAAGCUCUGA